AAUUAACAGUCCGUUUGAAAAUGGCGCAAGCCCGGCUCCCGACUCUGCCUGCCGAGAUUGUCGGGUACAUCUCGCAAUACCUCGAGUCGCCUGAUGUGCUGGGCCUGCGCUCUGCCUGCCGUGCCCUGGCUGACAAGACGUCGGGGCCUUUCCAGGACCGCUUCUUCCGCACGCGGCAUGUCAUGCUCGAACGCCAGAGCCUCCAGAACCUCGUCGACAUUUCGCACCAUCCGGUCCUCCGCCGCGCCGUACAGGUCGUCGAGCUUACUACAGAUCACCUGGUUACGCCUCCGGACUACCUAAGCCGAGCAGAUUACAGUAUAUGCGGAAUUAACGACGAGUAUGACUGCGUAAGGCGCAGUGACGGUGAGACUAUAUCGUUCGGUGACGAUGAGUAUGACGCUGUCAUCGAGACGUAUAAAGCCGAAUGGGGCGGCUACGAGGACUUCCUCCGAGCAAAGCUUGGAAUCAGGCACGUGGUUCGCGCGCUAUCGAACCUCCCUUGCUGCAGCGCUGUCGGGAUUGACGACGGCGUCCGUCCCUGGGGAGCCUUCCGGCUCGGUCGUCGCAUCGGCACCCUUCCAACCCGUUUCGUCACGCCCUUCCAGGCUCAGAGCAUGGUCUUCGCCACAACGUUGAUCCGAACUCUGUUCGCAGGACUUCUCUACGGCCGCCAUACCAUAGAACAACUCUAUAUUUGCUUUGGGCAUCUGAAAACGGGUUGUACCUCGGUCACCCCACGUAUGCUGUCGAUGACGCCGGCGGUCGAGGAGACUUUGACAAAUCGGCUGACUACCAUCAAGACCCUGCAUCUUGUGGUCAACCCGAACGACCACGAGAACACGUUUGGCGAGGAUGCGAAGAAGCUGGUUCCUCGCACCGACCCAAUCUGGGCUGGGGAUUCAGAUUGGUGUCUAGAGUUCUGCCGCUUCCUACGUAUCUUCCCCACCUUGACCAACUUCACAUUGCACUUCAACCCCCGCGACGAAAGGCAGCAAUUUCCGAGGCUUUCCGAGGACCUUCGUAUCCCCGGCCUGCAAAGCCUGUGUCUCCAAUUCGUCGACUGCACCAAGGACGAGCUAAUAAUGUUGCUGGGGAGGCAUCGCGAUACGCUUCGGGAGCUGAUCCUCGACACGGUUGAUAUCACCGAAGGGGGGCCGAAGACGUGGUCUUCGCUUCUGAGGAGUCUCCAGGAUAGUCUACGUUUAGAGGCAGUCGUCUUAGAGAACUGCAUGGUGGACGGCCUUUGGCUCCGUUCACCCUCGACGACAUCUCCCGACCCAAGGCUAUACGCAAAUAGCCCUGCGGAGAUAAAGUGCCUAUGGUCAGUGUUAGAUAAGAUGGAGGACUCGGGAACGUUUUCAUCGUAAGGACGAUCUAAUUAUAGACGACGUGGUAUCGAUCGCCACGUAAGGCGUCAACCUUAGCUUUCACCUUGGCGACGGCGGCGAGUGGAGCUCGUCCGUCGUCGCGACGAGCCUGUGCAUGCUCUAGAGCAAAGACUCCGCCACAAUAGUGUAACAGGCUAUUUUGCCUUUAACGAUCAGAAUAACAAGUAUAACAUACAUACAACAAUUCCAAUAAUUUCAGUUCUAGACUACUGUCGGAAUGGAAUAUCGCUAGCGCGGUUCGGCCGGUCGUACCGAUUCGGACCCGGGAUAGCUACGGCCGAAAGGGAGGACCUCAACCCUGAUAUCAACCCCACCUCGGCCACCAGCCCCUAGAUAGCUUUCUCCCCUCUUCACGUAGAAUAAGGAUAAUAACAACAACAGUAUUAUCCCCUCCG